AUAGGUUUGGCUCUUUUCCUUGAUAGCAUAUGUACACUGGUGCCUCUUGCUUCAGUGUGAACCAGCUUGACAGAAGGUAUAUAUAUUAUAUAUAUUAUAUAUAUAUGUGUGUGUAUCUAGAUAACUACAUCGCUGAAAAUCAAACCUCCCAGUCAGAGUUAGUUGGAUUAAAACCAUGGCCACUUCAUUUGUCGUCGGGGAUAAAUUCAGAAAUAAGGUGGCGGACCUAUUAGGGAAGACUGACUCAUCCCUGCCCCAACAACUGAGAGAAGAACUAGAGGAGACUCUCGGAAAAACAGAACCAACAGUUCUAUCUUUCAGUACAGCAAGAAAACUCAAGAAAUACCUUCAGGACGAGGGGCAUCCUUUCUACUUGCAUGAGUUGCUGGAAGAUAGCUCACUACACCUGCCUGAAAUUGUGAAACCUCCCAGAAACCCCGAGCUGGUGGCGCGUCUUGAGAGGAUCAAAGCCAAACUAGCCAACGAGGAAUACAACAGAAUCACACGUAAUGUCAACACCCAGGAAAUCAACCGUAGUGGAACAUUAGCAGAUUUUGGAAUGCAAGUGCGAUCAGUCAAAGCAGUGGUGGUGACCAUAUUCAACUUCCUGGUCACAGUGGUUGCUGCCUUUGCCUGCUCGUAUAUGGGAAGUCAGUACCUGUUCACUGACACUGCAGCGCGCAUCAUAUCAGCGGUGAUUGCUGCAUCAGUAGUCGGGCUCGCUGAGCUGUAUGUGUUGGUCCGGACCAUGGAGGGAGAACUCGGGGAACCAUAGAAGCAAAACCAAUGAACUGAACUCUGGGAACUGCACGAGCUUGCUGAUCCAGAACAGACAUUUCACUUUGCCAUGAAAGCUUUGUGGGUCUUUGCUUCUUAUUUGACAGCAAAACUGAGUAAGGUUAAAGUUACUGAAACUUAACAAAUCAGGGAUGGUAAAUGGAAGCUGGAACAUUACAAAAAGAAAAUUGUUUCAAAAUGAAAUCUGCUCUUUCACUUUGUCAAAUAUUACUGCUUUAUCCAACAUUCCACCCGCCCAGGAAUCAGAAUACGAGUGAUAUUUCUUAUUUAUUUACUGCUGUUUUGUAUUUUAUAAAUUUCCUGAAACUACAACCUCUAAUUUUUCUCCCUCCUCUUUCUCCUUGAAACUGCCAUGUGAAAAUAAAUGUUCAUUUGCUCAGAUGUAAUUUUAUUUUUGUGUUCAAUAAAAUCAUCAGCACUAAUUAAAGCUAAUUCAUAAAGCUGA